CGGAGGCGGCACGGCGGGGCCGGUGGCCCGGCGGCAGGGCGGCAUGUCGGGGGCGGCGGGGCGGUAGCGGAGGCGCGGAGUCGUUGCCGGAGCGGCGAUGCGGCUGCUCGGUGCCUUCCUGAGGCUGCUGGUGGCCGCGACGCUGGGGGCGCCUCCUGCCCCGGCCCCGGAGGCGCGGGGGACCGCCAGCGCGGAGCCGCCCGUCCUGACCUUUCGGGAGAUCUGGAACCGUAGUUUCUGCCGGCCCCUGGAGCAGCUGGUGGACGUCAUCAGCGAGUUCCCCAACGAGGUGGAGUACAUUUUCAGACCCUCCUGCGUCUCCCUGCAGCGCUGUGGAGGCUGCUGUGGGGAUGAGGGUCUCCGCUGUGUCCCUGUGGAAACAAACACGGUCACCAUGCAGCUCCUGAAGAUAAAGCCGAAUGGGGAGGCUCCCUACGUGGAGAUGGCGUUCACCGAGCACAAGCAGUGCGAGUGCAGGCCCCGGCAGGACCUGAUGAGGCUGGGAAGGAGAAGGCCUAAGGGCCGAGGUAAGAGAAGACAAGAGAGGACAAGACGUAAAGGCUGUGAACUAUGUGGCACACCACGCAGGUAGCCUCCGCUCUGCCCCUGGCCUUGCUCCUGUUGCUUGGGUUUGAGCCAGCAGUGUCUUCCCCUGGCGUGAGUGAGGAACUUGUGGAACUGUGUCCUGCCAUGCAGCAGUGGGGAGCAGGACUUCAGCAGGGAAAAGCUGACUGGACUCUUGCCUGGCCCUGGCUGGAAUGCAGCCUACAACUGAGGACUCGUUUGCCCCAUGUGCACCAUCAGCAGCAGGACAAAAGGACCUGUGACCAGGCCUGGGGCUGAAGAUGAGGAGCUCAAGCAGCAUCUUGGUGUUUGAGGGCAUCCUGCGGGCAAUGAGGAGUGGAGCUGGUGGAUGUGCUGCUGGAGCUGGCUGGGGACAGCAUCAUGGGGAUGGGUGGAGGAGGCAUGGAGGGCUGCAGCUGCAGAACUGCUCUGUACUGCCAGUGCCCUGCAGCUGGGGAGGAAGGAAACCCGGGGCAGACAAGGCUGCAGGGCUGUGUUCAUCUGAGCCUUGGCAUGGGGCAGCCCGGGAGGGUGCCUGGAAAGCCCUCCUGGAGGGGAAGGAGUGGGAAUUGGGGUUGCCAGGGCUUCUCACAUACUUGCAGCCACAUACCAGCCUUGCCCUGCUCAAUAAAACCUGGU